GGAGCGGAUGGAGGAAGAGGAGACCAUGGCAGGUUCCCAGGCAGGAAGCAGAAUUCUUUGCCAUGAGGUGUCCCAGGCGUGCGUGGGCCCCCUAUUCAUGAGCUGUCCCAUCUGCCGCAGUGCCAUGCCCCUGAGCCUUAGAUGGCGGCCGUGUGGGAAGUGGGCCCUGCCCCCAUCCCAUGUCACCCCGCUCUUCUCUUGCUCUAUGCUAAAAGGAGAAGUCAAGUGAGUUCCCCCAAGGGGUCGGCCGCGCCCCUUCCUGUCCCCGCCCUGCUGGCUGCGCCAGGCCAGUGCAGCGGCAGCCCCAGCCCCGGCACCGCACCGUGGGGUGGGUGGUGAGGCGGCCGGGCGCUUGGAGCCCAGUUUGAGCCUUAGCUCCAGAGUGCUCCGCCGGCCUGUGUGAGGCUGCCCUCCUUCCUUCCCUGCUGCCCCUUGCUUUCCGGAAGCCCCCAGGAUGGUGAGGUGGUUCCACCGGGACCUCAGUGGGCUGGACGCAGAGACCCUGCUCAAGGGCCGAGGCGUCCAUGGCAGCUUCCUGGCUCGGCCCAGUCGCAAGAACCAGGGAGACUUCUCCCUGUCUGUCAGGGUCGGGGACCAGGUGACCCACAUUCGGAUCCAGAACUCUGGGGAUUUCUACGACCUGUAUGGAGGGGAGAAGUUCGCCACGCUGACGGAGCUGGUGGAGUACUACACACAGCAGCAGGGCGUGCUGCAGGACCGUGACGGCACCAUCAUCCACCUCAAGUACCCGCUCAACUGCUCCGACCCCACUAGCGAGAGAUGGUACCACGGCCACAUGUCUGGAGGGCAGGCAGAGACGCUGCUGCAGGCCAAGGGCGAGCCCUGGACGUUUCUGGUGCGUGAGAGUCUCAGCCAGCCUGGAGAUUUUGUGCUGUCGGUGCUCAGCGACCAGCUCAAGAGUGGCCCUGGCUCCCCGCUCAGGGUCACCCACAUCAAGGUCAUGUGCGAGGGUGGACGCUACACGGUGGGCGGUCCCGACACCUUUGACAGCCUCACGGACCUGGUGGAGCAUUUCAAGAAGACGGGGAUUGAGGAGGCCUCUGGCGCCUUCGUCUAUCUGCGGCAGCCAUACUACGCCACGCGGGUGAACGCAGCCGACAUUGAGAGCCGGGUCUUGGAGCUGAACAAGAAGAAGGAGUCGGAGGACUCGGCCAAAGCUGGCUUUUGGGAGGAGUUUGAGAGCCUGCAGAAGCAGGAGGUAAAGAACUUGCACCAGCGGCUGGAAGGGCAGCGGCCAGAGAACAAGAGCAAGAACCGCUACAAGAACAUUCUCCCUUUUGACCACAGCCGAGUGAUCCUACAGGGCAGGGACAGUAACAUCCCUGGGUCCGACUACAUCAAUGCCAACUAUGUCAAGAACCAGCUGCUAGGCCCCGAUGAGAACACUAAGACCUAUAUCGCCAGCCAGGGCUGCCUGGAGGCCACGGUCAAUGACUUCUGGCAGAUGGCCUGGCAGGAGAACACCCGUGUCAUCGUCAUGACCACCCGCGAGGUGGAGAAAGGCCGGAACAAGUGUGUCCCCUACUGGCCUGAGUUGGGCACCCAGCGUGUCUAUGGACUCUACUCCGUGAGCAACUGCAGGGAGCACGACACGGCAGAGUACAAGCUGCGCACCUUACAAGUCUCCCCGCUGGACAACGGGAACCUAGUUCGGGAGAUCUGGCACUACCAGUACUUGAGCUGGCCUGACCACGGGGUGCCCAGCGAGCCCGGGGGUGUCCUCAGCUUCCUGGACCAGAUCAACCAGCGACAGGAAAGUCUGCCUCACGCAGGCCCCAUCAUCGUGCACUGCAGCGCAGGCAUCGGCCGCACAGGGACCAUCAUUGUCAUCGACAUGCUCAUGGAGAGCAUCUCCACCAAGGGGCUGGACUGUGACAUUGACAUCCAGAAGACCAUCCAGAUGGUGCGGGCACAGCGCUCGGGCAUGGUGCAGACAGAGGCGCAGUACAAGUUCAUCUACGUGGCCAUUGCCCAGUUCAUCGAAACCACCAAGAAGAAGCUGGAAGUCAUGCAGUCCCAGAAGGGCCAGGAGUCGGAGUAUGGGAACAUCACCUACCCCCCUGCCAUGAAGAAUGCCCAUGCCAAGGCCUCCCGCACAUCCUCCAAGCACAAGGAGGAUGUGUAUGAGAAUGUGCACAGCAAGAACAAGAAGGAGGACAAAAUGAAGAAGCAGAGGUCAGCGGACAAGGAGAAGGGCAAGGGUUCCUUCAAGAGGAAGUGAACUGGCUGUGUCUCAACACUGAUCCCUGUGGAGGCCGCCAGUGGAAUCAUCGUGGAGCCCCCAUCCUGUAAUUUAAAUGGCCGUGCCCCCCGCCCCCCCGUGUAUAUAAGCCCAGCCAUGCCCCAGGCAGAGACAGCUCUUCUACUUCUGUAAAUAAAAUCUCUUGAUCACCGUCAA